AUCGUCUCGGUCCUCUCUCUCGGUCUGAUCCUCAGUGUUCAGUGUGAACUUGCAGCCACCUUCCCCUUUGCCUUUGUCCCAGUGAGCCCAGAGAGCGAGUGAGGCUGGACAGACAGUCAGAGCAGAAACUGGACAUGGAGAAAGGUAACGAGGAGGACAGCGAGGAGCAGACCGGUGGUAAAAAGGACAGCUGGGUGACGACCCUGAAGUUGGGCACUUGGCCUUUCAGAAUGGCCUUGGGCUUUGACAGAAAGGUCCACAAAAUUAAAGGAGAACAACAGAGCAGCUGUCCAGAAGCCACAACUAGUGCUGAACCCGACUCUCUCAUUGUAAGUUACGCUGAAGAAGAUGAGAGUCAGGAGAGGGGGGAGUCAGUCUGCACAGCAGAGGCUAUACAUGCAGCAGAAACCACUCAAGACAGUCCUCUGGAGCAUCCAGGCAGCAAGCAACAGGGUGACAGAGAUGAUAAGAAGACUGCUGUUCAGCUGACCACGAAGAAGACUGUGUCUGCAAAGGGGAAGAGAGAUGAGAAAAAGGAAGUAGAUACUGCUGGUAAAGCCCCUGAGGCCAUGGGAAGCAAGGCAAUGAGGAAGAGUACAGAUAAAACCAGUCCCAAGAAGGCAGUGCAGGCAUGCACAGAAAAACCCACUGCACCCGUGAGAACAGUGAUAGUAGAGACAGAAGCACCCAGACCCCAGGAGAGAGCCAAGCCCUGUCCUGAAGACGUCUCAGAGAGCAAGAAGGCACCCAGACCCCAAGAGAGAGCCAAGUCUGGGCAUGAAGAGAUCUCAGAGAGCAAGAGGGCACCCAAACCCCAGCAGAGUGCAAAGCCCAGGCUUGAAGAGGACUCGGAGAGCAGGGCACACAAGCCCCAGGAGAGAGCCAAAUCAAUGCCUGAAGAGAUCCUGGAAAGAACGACAGCUGCUAAACCCCAGCAGUGUGUCAUGCCCAAACCUGAAGAGGUCUUGCAGAAAAAGAAGGCUGCCAAACCUGGCCAGGAGCAGCGCCCGGAGCCCCAAGUUCUUGGAGAAGCUCCUACCAUCCAGACGUCAUCACCAACAAAUCCAGAUGAGAAAGAGGAAGAAAUGCAUGCAAAGGAGAUGUCCCGUUUUGUCACAGAAGACUGGGCAGCUAUAGGGAAGGAAGAGUCGCUCACUGAGCCACAAAUCCAAGCCUUCCAGGAGGUGUUUGAGCUGUUCACAAAGAACGAGGACGGCUACAUCGACAGAUCUGGUCUGAGGACCACUCUGAGUGCUGUGGGCAUUAACAUCAGCAAUGAUGUGAUGGACUUGGCAUUGAAGAGGGCAGAUUAUGAUGGGGAUGGAGAGGUGGGCUUCCAAGACUUUCUGACAGCCAUGACGAAUGACAGGAGGUUUUCCAAGUGUAUGAAAGCAGAGGCUCACGCCAGCAGCCAUGCUGAGGAUGUAGCUGACACCGUGUUCUUCAGAACGCUCACCAAGAUGCUGGGAGUAGGUACCCUUCCCUACAAGCACACAGGAGAGAUCGUGAGGUACUAUCACAAGAAGUACUCAAGGAGACUUAGGCGCAAGGUGACUAAACAUGACGGCAACCAUCUUAUUGGGUACUAUACCAAAGGAGCCUGCCUUCUGGGAUUGUCCGGAAAGCAGCUCCUGAAAUAUUUAGUGCCACUGGACAAGACAGACAGCCCCUAUUCCAAGAUGCCCAGUCUCAACAAGGAGUCGUGUGUUCCAAAGCCUAGGCUCUCUGGAUUCUCCAAACGCAAACCCUUCCAGUUUCUGGCCCAAAGCAGGCAGCUGACAACCCAACAAUGCAAACUCAUGGUUACAAGUAAGCACCCUGGGGUGGAGACCAAGCAGAUGAUCACCCCAGUGAAGAUCAAAGUCAAACUCACAGCUGAAGAAAGAGCCAACAUGGACUUCAGAAUGGUUUAUGAUGUACGACAAAAGACGAAAGAAGGCCUAGACGCUUACCUGAAGACCCUGGUCCAGAGCAAACAGGGGGACACCUGGCAGUACUGGGGGAAGCUUGGGGUCCGAUUCUCCCCAGAGAGCCUGGCCAAGUUCCACGAGACCUUCUCCACUUACACCUGGAGCUGGACCGGGUAUCGCAACCUGCUGCAGCCCCAAGAUUUGCAGAGCGGCGGGGAGUUCUUCCCCUCCUACACCCAGCCUCUUGACACCCCACACCCCUCUACUGCCCUCCCUGGGCUCCUGACAGAUUCCCACUCCAAGGAGCCCCGCUGACCUCUCUGAGCCCCUUUCACUUUAGUAUCCCUCUUUGUCUCCUUCUAAUAAAGAAAUUCCUCUCAGUAGAAAGUGA